AUGAAUGAAAAUUUCCAAUAACGAGAGUACGACUGGUCGUACCAUUCAUAAAUCCGUCCACCCUGUACAGGCGGCUCUCACCUGAGCGACAGGUGUGCGCUGCUGUGCAAAAAAUCGAAAAAAUCUUACGCAAUAACCGCGCUCAAGGCUUUGUUUUGAGCGCAUUUUGCGACCGAAAGGGUGGUGGUGGUGUCACCCCGGCGAGGAUCCCGUUAGUGGCAGUGCGAAUUGUGUUUUGAGAGUGCGUUGCGUCUAGGGGGCAUGCCUGGUCCCUGAUCUGUCUCCAUUCAUGCCUUCGAACGAGCGAGCUAGUAGUACGCUCUGUGAAAUGAUCAAAGUAGCACUAAGGCAUAGUCUUAGCGUUACGCAAUUCAUUCAUAUCGUAUCGGAGUCGGUACGCGAGUGAUAGCUGGUCGUGGUUGAAUUGUGGAAUAGUGCGUUGAAUUGCUGUGUUUUUACCAAUACUCGACUGAUCGGAUGGAAUUUUUAUAUAAUGAAUUUCGAAAGUAUCGUCAUUUUAGUGCUUUUUUCGAUUCACGGCCUCUGCUCGAGACUGCCUUUGGAAGUUUUUCAACACCAUCCGACCGAACAUUACGUACAUCACCACAGACUCAAUCACAACAUUGGCGGAUUUCAUCGCAAGAAAAACAUCGACUUCGCCAACGUCAAAAUACUCUACCAAGUCGGGACGACCGAUGCUGAUCUGCCCGAAUGCGGGCCCCGAGCGAUCUGCAAUAAGCUAGACAUGUACGACACCCCCUGGAUUGAGAAACAAUGCAGAUGCGCCGGGGACAGGAAGUGCCCCCUGGACCUCCAGCCCGACGACGGCUACACCUUGGCCGACAAGACCAGGCAGUAUAAGCUCUGCGAACCGGUCAAGAAAAUACCAAAGUGCAGAUUUUUCAGGGAUACGACUUGGACUAUAACUCUCUACACGAACAACGUGACAGAGCAGAUCGUCCAUUGCCACUGUCCGAAAAACUCGAUGACGUACCUCACGAAACGCCAAGCUUUGCACAUGCCAAACGGCCAAGUCGCUUUCCAGUACUACUUCUCGUGCUCACCACAAGCUAGAUUACGAUGUCAGCGGAAGGAGCCUUGCCGGCUGUUCACAGUGCGUAAACGUCAAGAAUUUUUGGACGAAGUGAAUGUUAACAGUUUGUGCCAAUGUCCUCACGCGCAUCGGUGCCCGCACCAUCACAUGGAUUAUGGCGUGAUCGCGGGCAAAAGAUACACGGAGGAAGCUAUCAAAACGUACAGUGGUUAUUGCCUGCCAACUUAGUGGAUCAUCGAGCGAUUUUGGGUCUUUUUUCAUCAUGUAAAUAAUUAUUAUUUCAAUGGAACGCGCUAAACAACGACUCCGGUUGACAUAAACCGCCAUUUGUAAAGACAUUGUACAAUAUCUUAAGUUAAGUGACGUUUGAAACGUGAAUGAUAAAUUAUUUUAUUAUACUAGGUCAAGUCGAGUGCCUCAUUUGAUAUUUUAAAUUUUUGUACAAUUUUAUGUUAUUUUUAAUAUGUAUCAGUGUACAAACGUAUAUUAUAAAUUUAUGUUAUUUUUC